AGGAGCUGGAGAGAUUCACCAUCCAGCUCGUGCAGCCACACGCACGGGGAGACAUCGGCGCCGCGAGCGAACGCGAAGCUUUUACUUUUUAAAUUUGAUUCUUUCCAGCUCGGCCCGGAAUGAGCUGAGCGCAGCGGGGCCGGGCGGCGGCUGCAGGGGGCUUCAGUGCGAGCGGACUGUUCCAGAGGCAUGGUGUGGUGGUGGUGAAACAGAGAGCCCAGCACACACACACACACACUGAGGCUACACCAUGCAUCAUGUUUGAAAUCCGAUAAUCAAUUAGAGAUCCACACGUCUGCGCUGCUGCAUUGACCGAAGCAUCGCCGGACUGGAGCGGUAGCCUCCCUCCUUUUAUCACAAGCCGCCGUGAAGCGGCCGACGGGCGACGCGGGGCUGAGGGUGCAGCUGAACGGACAAUCGCCCCCGAACCCACUGAACUGAGCGGGGUUCGGAUGAGGUGGCGGAUCGGCGUGUUCGGUCUCAGAAAUCCAGCCAACUUUUCCUCCUUUCCCUUCGAACAGCAGUGCCACCGGGCAUUGCUCUGGAGAUGGCGAUGAGGUUGCUCUACUUGGGAUUUAUACUCCACUUGGGGAUCGUGUCUCCUAACGGUGCAACCGUAGCCCCCAAAGCUGAUGACCAUCCCAAGACCUGCAGCACUAAGCAGUUUGUGUGCAAGGACCAGGUGACCUGUAUCUCCAAGGGCUGGCGCUGUGACGGAGAGAAGGACUGUCCAGAUGGCUCAGACGAAUCACCAGAUAUCUGCACACAAAACCGAGUGAACCAGUGUCCUGUCAAUGAACACGGGUGUCUGGACCUGGACGUGUGCAUUCACAUGAGCAAACUGUGUGACGGCGUCCCCGACUGCUCCGAUGGCUGGGACGAGGGGCCACACUGCAGAGAACGAGCACCAGACUGUGACUCCCAUGGGUGCCAGUUUCACUGUGCUGUGACUCACGACGGGCCUCAGUGCUUCUGUAGAAGCGGCUUUGAGGUCGCUGCAGAUGGAAAGACAUGUAAAGAUUUCAAUGAGUGCAAUGUGUACGGGACGUGCAGCCAGACGUGCACCAACACUGAGGGCUCCUACACCUGCAGCUGUGUGGAGGGCUACCUGGUGCAGCCAGACAACCGUUCGUGUAAAGCCAAAAAUGAGCCGGUGGAUCGUCUGCCCAUGCUGCUGAUCGCCAACCUCCACGACAUCCGCUGCACCUCCCUGAGCGGCGCCACCUUCCGGCUGGCCUCCAUCGCCACCAAGCAGGCCAUGGCGAUGGACUUCAUCUAUGCGGAAGAGACCGUCUGCUGGAUCGAUGUGGGCGACACCCCUGCCGCCACCCAGCUGAAGUGCGCCAGCAUCCCUGACCUCAAGACCGUCACAAACAUCCGGACCAUUAACAUCACCCUGAGCCUGCACCAUGUCGAGCAAAUGGCGAUCGACUGGCUGACCGGGAACUUCUACUUCGUGGACGACGUGGACGACCGCGUGUUUGUCUGCAACAAGAACGGCCAGACGUGUGUGACCCUGCUGGACCAAGAGCUGUACAACCCGAAAGGCAUCGCUCUGGACCCGGCCAUGGGGAAAGUGUUCUUCACAGACUACGGGUCGACGCCGAGGGUGGAGCGCUGUGACAUGGACGGACAGAAUCGCACCAAGCUGGUGGAUAGCAAGAUCGUGUUCCCGCACGGCAUCACCCUGGACCUGGUCAACCGGCUGGUGUACUGGGCUGACGCAUACCUGGACUACAUCGAGGUGGUCGACUACGAGGGCAAAAACCGACACACCAUCAUCCAGGGCCUGCUGAUUGAGCACCUGUACGGCCUGACCGUGUUCGAGAACUAUCUGUACGCGACAAACUCGGACGAAGGCAACCUCAACCCCAAGACCAGCGUGAUCCGAGUGAACCGCUUCAACAGCUCCGACUUCCAGGUGGUGACGCGGGUAGACCGGGGCGCCGCGCUGCACGUGUACCACCAGAGGCGCCAGCCACAAGUGCGCAGCCAUGCAUGUACCCUGGAUCAGUUUGGGAAGGCCGGAGGUUGCUCUGACAUCUGUCUGCUGAGCAACAGCCACAAGACCCGCACCUGCCGCUGUCGCUCUGGAUUCAGCCUCGGCAGUGAUGGAAAGUCCUGCAAGAAACCAGACCACGAGUUGUUCCUGGUCUAUGGUAAGGGUCGUCCUGGAAUCAUCAGGGGCAUGGACAUGAACGCGAAGGUGCCUGAUGAGUACAUGAUCCCCAUUGAGAACCUGAUGAACCCCCGAGCUCUGGACUUCCACGCCGCCAGUGAUUACAUCUACUUCGCUGAUGCCACCAGCUACAUAAUUGGACGACAGAAGAUAGACGGCACGGAGAGGGACACCAUACUGAAAGAAGGUAUCCACACAGUGGAGGGGAUAGCAGUCGACUGGAUGGGAGGUAAUCUCUACUGGACAGACGACGGGCCUAAGAAGACUAUCAGCGUCGCCAGGCUGGAAAAAGCUUCACAGACCCGCAAGACUCUCAUCGAGGGAAAGAUGAGUCAUCCUCGAGCCAUUGUGGUAGACCCCCAGCACGGAUGGAUGUACUGGACGGACUGGGAGGAGGACCCCACGGAGAGCAACAGAGGCAAGAUCAAGAAGGCUUGGAUGGACGGCUCACAUCACCAGGUGUUCCUCACCAGCAAGACGGUGCUGUGGCCCAACGGCUUGAGUCUGGACAUUCCCAAUGGCAUUCUGUACUGGGUAGAUGCCUACUACGACCGCAUUGAGCUGGUUUACCUCAACACCACAGAGCGAAAGGUUGUGUACGAGGGGCAAGAGCUGAACCACGCCUUCGGCCUGUGUCACUACAAACAGUUCCUCUUCUGGAAUGAGUAUCGCGGAGGCAGCAUCUACAAACUGGACCAGGCCACUAAGAUGGUCACCCUGCUGCGCAAUGAGAGGCCGCCCAUCUUCGAGAUCAGAGUGUACGAUGCGCACCAGCAGCAAGGCUCCAACGCAUGUCGAGUGAACAACGGCGGCUGCAGCAGCCUGUGCCUCGCUGUCCCUGACGGCCGGUCCUGUGGCUGUGCUGACGACCAAAUCCUGGACGUCGAUAACGUCACCUGCAAAGCCAACCCCUCCUACGUGCCCCCGCCGCAGUGCCAGCCCGGGGAGUUCGCCUGCAAGAACAACCGCUGCAUCCAGGAGCGCUGGAAGUGCGACGGCGACAACGACUGUCUGGACAACAGCGACGAGGCGCCGGAGCUGUGCCACCAGCACACGUGCCCAGCUGACCGGUUCAAAUGCCAGAACAACCGCUGCAUCCCCCUGCGAUGGCUCUGUGAUGGAGACAAUGACUGCGGCAACGAUGAAGACGAGUCCAACACCACCUGUUCUGCUCGUACGUGCCCACCAAACCAGUACCCCUGUGCCAGCGGGCGCUGCAUCCCCAUCUCCUGGACAUGUGACCUGGAUGACGACUGUGGAGAUCGCUCCGACGAGCCCGACUCCUGCGCAUACCCAACCUGCUUCCCUCUGACCCAGUUCACCUGUGCCAACGGCCGCUGCAUCAACAUCAACUGGCGCUGUGACAACGACAACGACUGCGGAGACAACAGCGACGAGGCCGGCUGCAGCCACUCCUGCUCCAGCGUCCAGUUCAAAUGCAACAGUGGUCGCUGCAUCCCAGAAUACUGGACCUGCGACGGCGACAACGACUGUGGAGACUACAGCGACGAGACUCACGCCAACUGCACCAACCAGGCGACUCGUCCUCCGGGCGGCUGCCAUGUGGACGAGUUCCAGUGUCGGCUGGACAGCCUGUGCAUCCCCAUGCGCUGGCGCUGUGACGGCGACACAGACUGCAUGGACCUCAGUGACGAGAACAACUGCGAGGGGGUCACCCACAUGUGUGACCCCGCGGUCAAGUUCAGCUGCAGGGACUCUGCUCGCUGCAUCAGCAAGGCCUGGGUGUGUGACGGCGACAGCGACUGCGAGGACAACUCGGACGAGGACAACUGCGAGGCGCUGGUGUGCAAGCUGUCUCACCACAUGUGUGCCACCAACGACUCCAUCUGCCUGCCCGCCGAGAAGCUGUGCGACGGCACCGACGAUUGUCCGGAUGGAUCUGACGAGAAGCUUUGUGAUUUGUGUUCGUUGGACAACGGUGGUUGCAGCCACAACUGCAGCAUCAUCCCCGGGGAGGGCUUCAUGUGCUCCUGUCCCCUGGGUAUGGAGCUGGGUGCCGACAACAAGACCUGCCAGAUUCAGAGCUUCUGCGCCAAACACCUCAAGUGCAGCCAGAAGUGCGAGCAGGAGAAAUCCAGCGUCAAGUGUUCCUGCUACGAGGGCUGGGAACUGGAGGCCGACAUGGAGAGCUGCAAAAGCACCGAUCCGUUCAAGCCCUUCAUCAUCUUCUCCAACCGCCACGAGAUCAGAAGGAUUGAGCUUAACAAGGGGGAGUUCAGCGUGCUGGUACCAGGCCUGAGGAACACCAUCGCCCUGGACUUCCACCUGAACCAGAGCACCCUGUACUGGACUGACGUGGUGGAGGACAAAAUCUACCGUGGGAAACUGUCCGACAACGGAGCUCUGACCAGCUUUGAGGUGGUGAUCCAGUACGGACUGGCCACUCCCGAGGGCCUGGCCGUGGACUGGAUCGCAGGAAACAUCUACUGGGUGGAGAGCAAUCUGGAUCAGAUCGAGGUGGCCAAACUGGACGGGACCAUGAGAACCACCCUGCUGGCUGGGGAGGUGGAGCAUCCCAGGGCAAUUGCCCUGGACCCCCGUGAUGGUAUUCUGUUCUGGACUGACUGGGAUGCCAGUCUGCCCAGGAUUGAGGCUGCAUCUAUGAGCGGUGAAGGCAGACGCACCAUCCACAAGGAAACGGGCAGCGGCGGCUGGCCCAACGGACUCACUGUGGACUACAUGGAGAGACGCAUUGUCUGGAUCGAUGCCAGGUCCGACGCCAUCUACUCCGCCAAGUACGACGGCUCCGGGCUGAUCGAGGUGCUGCGAGGUCACGAGUACCUGUCCCACCCGUUUGCGGUGACCAUGUACGGCGGCGAGGUCUACUGGACCGACUGGAGGACCAACACUUUGGCCAAGGCCAACAAGUGGACGGGACACAACGUGACUGUCGUCCAGCGCACCAACACACAGCCCUUUGACCUGCAGGUCUAUCACCCAUCCAGACAACCCCAAGCUCCCAACCCAUGCGCCACCAGUGACGGCAAAGAUCCGUGCUCCCACCUCUGUCUCAUCAACUUCAACCAGACCUUCUCCUGUGCCUGCCCUCACCUCAUGAAGCUGCAGCCCGACAAGCGAACCUGCAAAGAGUCUCGCAAGUUCCUUCUUUACGCUCGUCAGAUCGAGAUCCGAGGCGUGGACAUCGACAACCCUUACUACAACUACAUCAUCUCCUUCACGGUGCCGGACAUAGACAACGUGACGGCGGUCGACUACGACGCCGUGGAGCAUCGCAUCUACUGGUCCGACGUUCGAACGCAGACAAUCAAGAGAGCUUUCAUCAACGGCACAGGGGUGGAGACUGUGGUGUCGGCUGACCUUCCUAACGCCCAUGGGCUGGCGGUGGACUGGGUCUCCCGGAACCUUUUCUGGACCAGCUAUGAUGCCAAUAAGAAGCAGAUCAAUGUGGCCAGACUGGAUGGGUCUUUCAAGAACGCUGUGAUCCAGGGAUUAGACAAGCCCCACUGCCUGGUGCUGCAUCCUAUACUGGGGAAGCUUUACUGGACUGACGGGGACAACAUCAGCAUGUCCAACAUGGAUGGUAGCAACAGCACCACACUGUUCACUGAUCAGAAGGGACCAGUAGGCCUCUCUAUUGACUUUGAGAAAGAGCAGCUGUACUGGAUCAGCUCCGGGAACAGCACCAUCAGCCGCUGUCAGAUGAACGGAUCUAACCUGGAGAUCCUGGAGGGUGUAAAAGGCAAACUUACCAAGGCUACGGCGCUGGCUAUCAUGGGAGACAAGCUGUGGUGGGCCGAUCAAGGCACUGACCAGAUCGGAACUUGUAACAAGAGCGACGGAGGAGACUGGAAGGUUUUGCGAAACAACACUUCUCCGAUGAUGCACAUGAGGAUCUAUGAUGAGGACGUGCAGAAAGGAGGUAUCAACCUGUGCAGUAACAACAACGGCGACUGCUCCCAGCUGUGUCUCCCCACCUCCCCAACAACCAGGGCGUGCAUGUGCACCGCCGGCUACAGCCUCAGGACGGGACAGCAGUCCUGCGAGGGUAUGGGCUCGUUCCUUCUUUACUCUGUUCACGAGGGAAUCAGAGGAAUUCCACUCGACCCCGCCGACAAAUCUGACGCCCUGGUGCCAGUGUCUGGCACCUCUCUGGCUGUCGGCAUCGACUUCCACGCCGACAAUGACACCAUCUACUGGGUGGACAUGGGCCUGAGCACCAUCAGCAGGGCGAAGAGAGAUCAGACGUGGAGAGAGGACGUGGUCACCAACGGCAUUGGCCGGGUGGAGGGCAUCACCGUUGACUGGAUAGCAGGAAACAUUUACUGGACUGACCAGGGCUUCGACGUGAUUGAGGUGGCCAGGCUGAAUGGCUCGUUCCGCUAUGUGGUCAUUUCCCAGGGCCUGGACAAACCCAGAGCCAUCACUGUCCACCCAGUGAAAGGGUAUCUGUUCUGGACGGAGUGGGGUCAGUACCCUCGUAUCGAGCGCUCUCGGCUGGACGGCACCCAGAGGCUGGUCCUGGUCAAUUCGAGCAUCAGCUGGCCAAAUGGAAUCUCCAUCGACUACGAGGAUGGUUUUCUGUACUGGUGUGAUGCCAGGACGGACAAGAUCGAGCGCAUCAACCUGGAGACCGGAGACAACCGGGAGCUGGUGCUGGCCAACAACAACAUGGACAUGUUUGCUGUUUCUGUUUUUGAGGAAUACAUUUACUGGAGCGAUCGUACUCAUGCCAAUGGCUCCAUUAAGAGAGGCAGCAAAGACAAUGCUACAGACGCGGUGCAGCUCAGGACCGGUAUUGGUGUGCAGCUGAAGGACAUCAAGGUUUUCAACAGAGCCAGGCAGCAAGGCACCAAUGUCUGCAAAGACAACAAUGGCGGCUGUGAGCAGCUGUGUCUCUAUCGUGGCAACGCGGAUCGCACCUGCGCCUGUGCUCACGGCAUGCUGGCAGAGGACAACCGCAGCUGCCGCGACUACGACGGCUACCUGCUCUACUCGGAGCGUACCAUUCUGAAGAGCAUCCACCUCUCGGACGAGACCAACCUCAACGCGCCGAUCAAGCCGUUCGAGGACCCCGAUCACAUGAAGAACGUCAUCGCCCUCACCUUCGACUACCACGGCGGCGGAGGGAAGGGGACCAACCGCAUCUUCUUCAGCGACAUCCACUUCGGAAACAUCCAGCAGAUCAACGAUGACGGCACAGACCGCAAGAUUGUGGUGGACAAUGUCGGGUCAGUGGAGGGCCUGGCGUACCACCGCGGUUGGGACACAUUGUACUGGACCAGUUACACAACCUCCACCAUCACCCGCCACACUGUGGCUCAGAGCCGCUCUGUGGCCUAUAACCGCAACACCGUGGUCACUAUGUCUGGAGAAGACCACCCCAGAGCCUUUGUGCUGGACGAGUGUCAGGAUCUCAUGUUCUGGACCAACUGGAACGAGCAGGCUCCCAGCAUCAUGAGGGCGUCUCUGAACGGAGCCAACGUGCUCGUGAUCAUCGGCAGCGACAUUAAGACUCCCAACGGCCUGGCCAUAGAUCACCGGGCUGAGAAACUCUACUUCUCUGACGCCACCUUGGACAAGAUUGAACGCUGUGAAUAUGAUGGAAGCAGCCGUUAUGUGUUGUUGAAGAAUGAGCCCGUCCACCCGUUUGGCCUGGCUGUGUACGGGGACUACAUCUUCUGGACCGACUGGGUGAGGAGGGCCGUCCUCCGAGCGGACAAGUACACGGGAGGGGACAUGAAGGUGCUGCGUGCCGACAUCCCUCAGCAGCCAAUGGGCAUCGUCGCUGUGGCUAAUGACUCCAACAGCUGUGAGUUCUCUCCUUGCCGAACAAAUAACGGCGGCUGCCAGGACCUGUGUCUGCCCACGUCCGACGGUCGGGUCAACUGUAGCUGCCGCGGAGAACAACAGCUCCUGGAAGACAACACCUGCUCCUCACUGAAUAUAUCCUGUGGAAGUGUGGAUGACUUUGAGUGUGGGAACGGGGACUGCAUCAACUACAGCCUGACCUGCGACGGCAUGGCCCACUGCAAAGACAAGUCUGAUGAGAAACAGUCGUACUGUGCCAAUCGUAUUUGUAAGAAAGGCUACAGACGCUGCAUCAACGGCCGCUGCAUCGGUCAUCAGUUCUGGUGUGACGGCACCGAUGACUGUGGUGACCACUCAGAUGAACUGCCCUGUAACAUGACCCUGUGCAAAGUCGGAGAGUUCCAGUGCAAAGACGGAAGCUGCAUCUCCAACUUCAGCCGCUGUGACCAGGUGGUCAACUGUGAAGACGCAGGCGAUGAAAUGAACUGCCAGGCCACAGAUUGUUCCCGUUUCUUCCGCCUGGGAGUGAAAGGCGUGUCCUUCCAGAGCUGUGAGAAAACCACUCUGUGUUACCUGCCCUCGUGGGUCUGCGACGGCAACAACGACUGUGGAGACUCUUCCGAUGAGAAGAACUGCCCAGAUAAGAGGAAGCCUAAAUGUCCAGUCAACUUCUUUGCGUGUCCCAGCGGUCGCUGCAUUCCCAUGAGCUGGACCUGUGAUAAGGAGAACGACUGUGAGAACGGAGCUGACGAGACUCACUGUGACAAGUUCUGCACAUCCACCCAGUUUGAAUGUGGAAACCAUCGCUGUAUUUCCAGUCACUGGGUGUGUGACGGCUCAGAUGACUGCGGCGAUGGUUCUGAUGAGGACCAGAAAUGCAAAUCCAAGACCUGCAGUCCCGAGGCUUUCCAGUGUCCCGGUUCCCACAUGUGUGUCUCACAGCGCUGGAAGUGCGAUGGAGACAAAGACUGUCCUGAUGGAGCGGAUGAGAGCGUGAAGGCUGGCUGCACGUACACCAACAACACGUGUGAUUCCGAGAAUGAGUUCAUGUGCCAGAACAGACAGUGUAUCCCCAAACACUUUGUGUGCGACCACGACAUCGACUGCUCCGAUGGUUCAGAUGAAUCCCCAGAAUGUGAAUAUCCAACAUGUGGCCCAGAAGAGUUCCGCUGUGCCAACGGCCGCUGCCUCAACCAGAAGAAAUGGGAGUGUGAUGGAGAGUUUGACUGUCAGGAUCGUUCUGAUGAAGCUCCCAAGAACCCUCGCUGCACGGACUCAGAGAGGACGUGUAAUGACUCAGCCUUCAUGUGCCACAACGGCAAGUGCUUGAACGAGACGCUGCUGUGUGACCGCAACGAUGAUUGUGGCGAUGGCUCUGAUGAACUCAACUGCUUCAUCAACGAGUGUCUGAACAGUAAGAUGAGUGGCUGCUCGCAGCUCUGUGAUGACCUCAAGAUCGGCUUCAAGUGCCGCUGUCAUCCCGGUUUCCAGCUGAAGCGAGAUGGCAAAACGUGCGUGGACAUAGACGAGUGCACGACCACCUACCCUUGUUCUCAGCGCUGCAUCAACACACAUGGCAGCUUCCACUGUCUCUGCGUGGACGGCUUUGAACUCAGCCCCAACGACCCCACCAUCUGCAAGUCCACAUCGGAGGAGGAGCCCUAUCUGAUCUUUGCUAACCGCUACUACCUGAGGAAACUCAACCUGGAUGGUUCCAACUACACUCUGAUAAAACAGGGUCUGAACAAUGCAGUGGCGCUGGACUUCCACUAUGCAGAGCAGAUGAUCUACUGGACGGAUGUGACCACUCAGGGCAGCAUGAUCCGACGCAUGAAUAUGAACGGCAGCAACAUUGAGGUAUUACACCGGACCUCCCUGAGCAACCCGGAUGGUUUGGCAGUGGACUGGGUCGGCGGAAACCUGUACUGGUGCGACAAAGGUCGGGACACCAUCGAGGUGUCUAAGCUCAACGGGGCCUAUCGGACUGUGUUGGUCAACAAUGGCCUCAGGGAACCUCGUGCUGUAGCUUUGGACGUACGCUACGGGUACCUGUACUGGUCCGACUGGGGAGACAACCCUCACAUUGGGAGAAUUGGGAUGGACGGCACCAACAGAAGCGUGAUCAUAGAGGAUAAAAUCACUUGGCCCAACGGUCUGACCCUGGAUUUCAUCAAUGACCGUUUAUACUGGGCUGAUGCCAGGGAGGACUACAUUGAGUUUGCCAGUCUGGAUGGCACCAAUAGACACACAGUUCUCAGCCAGGACAUCCCGCACAUCUUUGCCAUGACUCUGUUUGAGGAGUACAUCUACUGGACCGACUGGGAGACAAAGUCCAUCAACAGAGCUCACAAGAGUCUGGGGACCAACAAGACCACCCUGAUCAGCACCCUGCACCGACCCAUGGACAUCCACAUCUACCAUCCCUAUCGCCAGCCUGAGGUGCUCAACCACCCGUGCCAGCUGAACAACGCCGGCUGCAGUAACCUCUGUCUCCUCUCACCUGGAGGAGGCUUCAAAUGUGCCUGUCCCACCAACUUCUACCUGGCCAGCGAUCAGCGGACCUGCAUGUCCAACUGCACAGCCAGCCAGUUUGUGUGCAAGAACGACAAAUGCAUUCCCUUUUGGUGGAAAUGUGACACGGAGGAUGACUGUGGCGACCGCUCGGACGAGCCAGCAGAAUGCCCUGAAUUCAAAUGCAGGCCGGGGCAGUUCCAGUGUGGUACAGGCAUCUGCACCAACCCUGCCUACAUCUGUGAUGGAGAUAAUGACUGCCAGGACAACUCGGAUGAGGCCAACUGUGAUAUUCAUGUUUGCCUCCCAAGCCAGUUCAAAUGUUCCCACCCAAGUCGCUGCAUCCCAGGCAUCUUCCGCUGUAACGGCCAGGACAACUGUGGAGAAGGAGAGGAUGAGAAGGACUGUCCUGAGGUCACGUGUGCCGCCACCCAGUUCCAGUGCGCCAUCACCAAACGCUGCAUACCUCGUGUGUGGGUGUGUGACCGCGACAACGACUGCGUGGACGGAUCUGAUGAACCCGCCAACUGCACCCAGAUGACCUGUGGUGUGGACGAGUUCAGGUGUAAAGACUCUGGACGCUGCAUCCCCGCUCGCUGGAAGUGCGACGGCGAGGACGACUGCGGCGACGCAUCAGAUGAGCCGAAAGAAGAGUGUGCGGAGAGGACAUGCGAGCCGUACCAGUUCCGGUGUAAGAACAACCGCUGUGUCCCGGGCCGCUGGCAGUGCGACUACGACAACGACUGCGGGGACAACUCGGAUGAAGACAAGUGCAUGCCUCGACAAUGUUCAGAGAGCGAGUUCGCCUGCACCAACGGCCGCUGCAUUGCCGGGAGGUGGAAGUGUGAUGGAGACCACGACUGUGCCGAUGGAUCGGAUGAGAAUGGUUGCGAUGUGAAGUGCGACAACGACCAGUUCCAGUGUAAGAACGGACACUGUAUUCCCAUCCGCUGGCGGUGUGACGCCGACCCUGACUGCAUGGACGGCAGCGAUGAGGAGAGUUGUGGCAGCGCUGCGGCACGUCACUGCCCUCAGGACGAGUUCCAGUGCAACAACACUCUGUGCAAGCCCCUCGCCUGGAAGUGUGACGGGGAGGACGACUGCGGGGACAACUCUGACGAGAAUCCCGAGGAGUGCAGGAGGUUCCAGUGUCCUCCCACCAGGGCGAUCCGCUGCCAGAACGACCGCGUGUGUCUGCAAGUGUCCAAGAGAUGCGACGGUGUCAACAACUGCGGCGACAACUCGGAUGAGCUGAGCUGCCAGGUUCCUCCAGCUGUGCCCACAUGUGAGAAGGACGAGUUCCUGUGUGCCAACGGCCGAUGCAUCAGCUCCACCCUGCGCUGCAACUUCUUCAACGACUGUGAGGACCACGGCUCCGAUGAGAUCAACUGCAAAACAGACACCAAGCUGAACGACUGCAGGAGCAACAGGACUCAGUGUGGCGACGGAGACGAGGCUCACUGCGUCAUCAACGGCACCGACUCCUUCUGCUCCUGCAAACCAGGCUUCAAGAAGAUGGGACACCAGACCUGCAGAGAUAAGAAUGAGUGUCUGCAGUUUGGAGUCUGCUCCCACGUCUGCAACAACACCAAAGGCUCGUACAAGUGCAGCUGCUACAAAUACUUCAGCAGGAUCAACGACACCUGCAAGGCCGACAACAUGAACAGCAGCAGGCAGAUUCUGUACAUAGCCGACGACAACGAAAUCCGCAGCCUGGACCCCGGCAUGCCCAACUGGCGCUACGAGCAGACCUUCCAGGGCGACGCCAGCGUGCGCAUCGACGCGAUGGACCUGCACAUCAAGACCAACCGCAUCUUCUGGACCAACUGGCACACGGGCCGCAUCUCCUCCUACGAGCUGCCGGGGCAGUCCACGUCGUCGUCCACCUCCACCAACUCUCACCGCAGCCGGCGGCAGAGCGAGGGCAGGAUCACCAACCUGCAGAUCAAGGAGCUGAAGAUGCCUCGGGGUAUAGCCGUGGACUGGGUGGCGGGUAAUCUGUACUGGACCGACUCUGGUCGAGAUGUAAUCGAAGUGGCUCAGAUGUCCGGACAACACUGCAAGACCCUGAUCUCCGGCAUGAUCGACGAGCCGUACGCCAUCGUGGUGGAUCCACAGAGAGGUACCAUGUAUUGGGCCGACUGGGGGAACCACCCUAAAAUUGAGACUGCUGCCAUGGACGGCACUCUGAGACAGACGCUGGUGCACGAGAACAUCCAGUGGCCCACAGGUUUGGCUGUGGACUACUUCAACGAGCGUCUUUACUGGGCCGAUGCAAAGCUCUCGGUUAUUGGGAGUGUGCGCCUGGACGGCUCUGAUCCCGUCAUCGCCGUCUCCGGCAUCAAAAACAAGCUGCUUCAUCCAUUCAGCAUAGAUAUCUUCGAGGAUUACAUCUACGGGGUCACGUAUGUAAAUAACGUUGUCUUCCGCGUCAACAAGUUUGGCAAAGGCCCCAUGGAGAAUCUCACCACAGGCAUCAACCACGCUACUGACAUCGUGCUGUACCACCGCUACAAGCAGCCGGAGAUGACCAACCCAUGUGACAGGAAAAAGUGUGAGUGGCUGUGUCUCCUCAGCCCCAGUGGACCAGUGUGUACCUGUCCUAACAACUACGUGGCCGACAAUGGCACAUGUGUGGAGAGACUGAACCCCACCCAGUCACCGUUCUCUCCGCCCUCGGGGCCGUGCGAUAUUCAGUGUCAGAACGGUGGGAGCUGCUUCCUCAACGCCCGGCAGGUGGCCAAGUGUCGCUGUCAGCCCAGCUACACCGGAGAGAGGUGUGAGAUCAACCAGUGCCGGGACUACUGCAAGAACGGAGGCACCUGCACUGCCUCUCCUACGGGAGCUGCAACCUGCAGGUGUCCUAAGGGCUUCACGGGGCCCACGUGCAACCGGCAAACUUGUCAGGACCACUGCCUGAACGGAGGCAACUGCUCGGUCAACAUGGGCAACCAACCAACCUGCAGCUGCCCAGCAGAGUACCAGGGAGACCAGUGCCAGUACAGUAAAUGUGAAGGCUUCUGUGAGAACGGUGGAACGUGCUUAGAAACCUCCAACAGCACCAAACUGUGCCUGUGCACCACCGAGUACAUCGGGAACAAGUGCGAGCUGGACAAAUGUCUGUUCUGCGGAACGGGCCAAUGUUUGAAGUCGUCCUCGGGGGAGGUCUCCUGCAGCUGUCCUAAUGGUCAGACCCAACCCAGCUGCUAUUCCUGUUUGGACUUCUGCGCAAAUGGCCAAUGUACAGUUGAAACUCGCACACUGCUUCCUCAGUGCAAGUGUCCUGCUGGAUGGAGAGGAUACAGAUGUGAAUUUGCAGAUGCUGAAAUGGAUUCUUCUACUUCCAAUGGAAGCACGGCCUCCAUCGUCAUCCCAGUGCUACUGCUGCUCUUACUGGCACUGCUGGUGGUCGGCGCCAUCUUGUGGUACAAGCGGAGAAUGCGCGGUGCCAAGGGCUUCCAGCACCACCGAAUGACAAAUGGAGCCAUGAAUGUUGAGAUAGGAAACCCUGCCUAUAAGAUCUAUGAGGGCGACCCUGACGAUGACGCCGGGGAGCUCCUGGAUUCCGAUUUUGCUUUGGACCCAGACAAGCCCACCAACUUCACCAACCCGGUGUAUGCCACACUAUACAUGGGCGCCCACAACAGCCGCAACUCUCUGGCCAGCACAGAUGAAAAGAAGGAGCUCCUCUCCCAGGGCGACGAGGACCUGAGUGACCCACUAGCGUAGAGCUCGGCAUGAACUGAAUUCUGCCCGCGUCGCCCUGCCCCGCCCGACCCAGUGCUGAGACGACAAGCUCGCUCGUCUUCUGCCUUUACCAACUGAAAAGAAAAGCAACAAAAAAAAGCAGGAACACUGUAUAAAAUGUAUAAAAUGAAGGACUACUUUUUUUAAGUGAUUGCAGUAUUAUAUUUUGUUCUUUGACAAAAACAAAAAAAAAUCAUCUGGUGAUGAAAAAGGAACCAUUUUAUAGACAUUUAUUCAGUUCUUUUUAAUUUUUUGCUCACCUCCUCCUCCUCACAAUCUCACGCAUAUAGCCACUACCUCUGUGCAAAUGUAAAAGAUAGAGCGACCCGGAUGGCCGUGGAACAAAUUUCAUUUUUUAUUUUUGUAUGAAUUGUAUAGGGGGGGAAAAAAAGAGAAUAUUGUUCCAUCGCAGAAGACGUUGCCAAGUCUUUGUUGUUCCUGAAAGAGAAGUGUCAGCGUCACUAUGAAUGCUUCCUGGAUGCUGCUUCGGCUCAGUCUCUCACAUCGAUGUGCAUAUGUACGUUUGCUGCUGGACGUCUAAAGGGAGUAAUGAGAAGUUGUUUAACUGCACAUGUACACAUGGAGGACUCGGCAUCGCGGACAGUGUCUUCUCUGUCGUCUCGAAACCUACAUUCAAGUGAUUGUCUUUUACCUCCUUGCACAGACUAAAGUUCUAUACAUAUAUAUAUAUUUGCAUAUAUAUAAAACCUAUUAACAAAGUGUCUUGAGAAUAUACCCAGGAAUACAAACAUCAGUAACAAAUAGCAGUCUGUACUUUUUAACCGUUUUUUUUUUUAGUUUUUUGUUUUGUUUGUUGUUUUUUAAGUGGUACAAUUGACCGACCUUGUGUCAGAAGUGAAUGAGUCAAUGGCAGUGUGUGAGUGUGCUGGAUGAAGAUGAUUGUAAUAAAGUCCACAUUCCAGGAGGAGCAGUCUGGGAUGGAGAUCUGUGGCCUUUGGUUUAGCCUCCUGCAGGACACUCGGGACAGCAGCCGGACUUAGCUCUGAAACGGUUCUAGAAAAGUUCUUUUUUUCGUGGGUGGGGGGGAGAAGUGACAACAAGCGUCUGUGAAUUCUUUCCAGUCAUCACUGAAUGAAACCCCGAUCUGUAACGAAUAAUUAACUGAGAAUGGUAACACUUAGCUCUCAGUCCUUGUCUCUUGAUUGUAAACGUACUUUCAGGAAAAAGCCCUUGGCGCCCGUUUGAUGGUACGUAUUCCUUGUGUGUGUGUGUGUUGUAUUACAUGAACAUUGUAAUUUAGGUUAAUGCUCACUGUCGAGUGCAUUCCCAGUUAGGAGACUGAUUAGCUUCCUGAUAAGCAUUCCUUUGUUAGUUCCCUUGCCUCGCUGCUAACGCUAACCAUCUGUCCGUCAGUCAGCCUGGUUCUCGGUCUUCAGUGAGUGUUGCUCUGUGUGUCACCACGCUGCUUCUCACUGAGCUCCCCCCCCUGCACGGUGCUCUCACACAUCCAUCCUAAAGGAAACCCUCACGGCUUUUAUCUUUUUAACAGUAUUCAUAACGGUUUCUUAUGUUUGUGCUUUUUUUUUUUUUUUUACAACCUGCUCUGUUAGAUUUUCACCUGACCAUGUGAAUUAGAACAAUCAUUUUUCGGUUGGAGAAACAUUUUCGGUGGCGAAACCCACAUGGAUACGUGUGGUUCUGAUUGUUUUGUUAUGAUUCUAUUUCUUUUUGAUAUAAGAAAUUAAAUGGAUUUUUAUAGUAGAACUACA